UUGGCUCCAGCACUUGAUCUACUCAAGAAUGAGCUCAUUGAGCAGUCUAUACUUUUUAUGUUACGCUAUUUACCGAAUUUGAACGCAACGGGGCAACUAAAGUAUUAUUGAUUAAAAUCAUUAAUUAUUAUUAUGUGCGAUUGAUAGUGGUAUACAUCGUAUAUGUCAAAGUUUUUUAAAAUUGUUAUCACAAUUUUUACGUGCAGGAGGUAGAAGGGGGUCUGAUCAUUGUAUGUGAUCAAUAAACAGUUGUAGGCGGCACUUACAAGAAUGAGUCGAUUGCAGUUAGGCUAUGAUUAUAUUCCACUUGUUAACAAAGAUGUCAACCGAUUUCGUUUGGUGCUUUCCUUCUCCAAGAUAGCUUGGUUUACUGUUUUGGUGCCGUUUUUAAGCUUUGUUUUUUGCAUUAUCUGGUCUAUCCUGUAUAACUUUGAGAAUGCUACUGAAACUCACUGCAAUGUCUAUAAUUUUCUUCCCUCAGUCUCAGCUGCUAUUGGUCACUACAGGCCUCAAAAGACUAUUUGGAAGGCAGCUAUUACAGUACAAGCUAUGGUUAGAGCCCUGGUUCUUUACAUGUACUACCAGUAUUAUGUAGAAACAGUAUAUAAGUGGGCACAAGGUAUUAUCAACUUUGUUCUCCUCACCUAUUUGCUGGAAAAUAUUGCUCUUGUAACAUUGAGCUUCAGGUCUUCUGAUGAAGACUAUGCGAUUCACAAGAUAGCUUUCAUGACGUUUCUUUUUAUGUCCCUCAUACACAUGAUUUUAUCUUACCUCGUUGCUAAAACUUGUUGCAACGUUACUAAAGACACCAACAGCAUAACUUCACUUAGGUGGAAAUUCAAUUCCUUAAUACUCAAUGUCAUUGCUAUCGUAUUAGCUUGUUACUUCUUUUACAGGCACAACAAAUAUUGUGAGCCGUUUGUUUACUCAUUGUUUGCAUUAGCGGAGUAUGUUGUGGUUGUCACUAAUAUGGCAUUUCAUGUAACAGCAGCACACGAUUUUGCUGGCAGACGUUUGUUCAUGUCCUUGCAUAAAAUCCAAAUUAUUUAGCAAAUGUAAUUCUGUAUCCCAUCACGUGUUUUUUGUGUUAAUUAUUUAUUGUACUGAUGAAAAUAUUUAUUUUCUUAAUUAGUUGUAAUAUACAAUUAUUUAA